AGCCGUGGAAAGCUUUGGCCGCCUUGGAGAGGAGGGUUACGAGUUCAUCGAUGAACUUGCGACACAUGCCGUGGGAGGAAGGGACGGAGGAACGAUGGCUCUGAAAGGAGUCUUCAAGGAACGACUUCUUCAGAUCGUUUCGGUGGCUACACAGGUGGCCAUAUCUCGGCGAGUGCAGAGGUACAAGCUCGCAUUGCGCGGGCGUCAAGACGCCGAAAACAGGCGAACAAGAUCGACCUCGGACCAGUCAACGCCAAUGAUAUGGGGAUGGAGUGUAGACGCAUCGUAGAACGCGUUUUCGUUUGAAGUUGGCGUCUUGUUUGAGAGUAGAUGUGACAGAUUUGCGUAGAAUAGGGUAAGAUGUUAUCAUGAACGGAGAUGAAAGGGCUUUUCCAACACGGAGAUGUAGCAUGGAUCAAAGCAUUUGUUGGAUUUCAGCUUUUACAAGCGGACAUCAACGCAGUAGUAUUUUAGCAAGCUUACGAACGCAUAUAGGAUACCAUCAGGAUUGUCAUUGGUAAGUUGAAGAGGAGAUACUUUUACGAUGUAAAUGACAGUAGAAAUAAGUCCUGACUAUGUUGUUGUACUUCGUAUUGGUUUAAUAUUCAUGUAGAG